AUGACUGUCUGGCUGAACAGCGGCUUCCGGAGUUACAAAGAUACCUUCCGGAGCCUUCAAGGUGACUACUCAUCGAGGCUGGGAGCCCACUUGGCCUAUGGCUGUAUCUCACCUCGGCGCCUGGUGAAGGAGGCACUCUCACACGGCUCGGGCCAAUCCUCCGUCCAUGUGGAGCAUUUCGUCUAUGAGAUGUGCUGGCGAGACUUCUUCCGGCACACGGCCGCACGCUGGGGCACUGGGCUCUUCCAUGUGGCAGGCCCUGCCGAGUGCGGUGCUCACGGAAUGAGCAGUGAGAGCAGCUGGAAAAGGGACCUUGGUGCUGAGAGGAGAUGGAAGGAAGGCUCGACCGGUGUGCCAUUGGUGGACGCAGCGAUGCGAGAGUUGAACGAGACAGGCUACAUAGGGAACCUGGCAAGGCAGUUCGCGGCGGCUUUUCUCAUCGAAGACUUGCAGAUCGACUGGCGCGUGGGCGCGGACUGGUUCGAGGCGACGCUCGUGGAUUACGACGUGCACAGCAACUGGGGCCAAUGGGCUCGCUCUGCAGGCGUGGUCCCUACCAACGAGGCGAAGCGUAACCGAGUAGGUGGCACCCGCUACUACGACCUGGCCAUGCAACGCCCAGAGGUCAGUGACUACGUGAGGAAUUGGCUGCCCGAGUUGCAGGAUGUCGCAGACGAGGAGCUUUUCUCUCCCUGGACGAACAGCUGGCCCAUCGGGAAAGUGCUCAGUGCUACUUCGAAUGGGAGCUCGUACAGCAAGCCUUUGAUCUCGAUGCGGUUGAAGCAGUACUUCGAGUCGGUGAGUGGAGCCUCCAGGUUGCGCGGCUUGCCCAGCCCGCGACGAGCCAAGAAAGGCAAAGGCCAACGGAAAGGAGGCGGAGCUCCUCGAGCAACCGCGGCCCUGCGCUGGGCCACCAGCGAUUCGCGCUUUCAUGGGAGCUGA